UACCCAUAGUGAAAAACGGAAGUGAAGUAAAAGACAUUUUGGAAACGAGGAACCAAAACAAGACAGAAACAAAAUGAGAACAAAAGGUCAGUCGGGGAUCCCCGACAUGUACAAGUGCUGCUUCUGCUGCCAUGUCAAGACUGGGACGCUGUUUUAUGGGCUCUUUCAGCUGAUUUGCCAUUUAUUCCUGAUCGGGGGACUUAUUUUCGCCUCCAUUCACCCUGAAGUCCUACAGGAACACGCCAGUAAGUGCACAGACGUGGAGAUUGAUACAACAUUGAAAAAUGAUCACAUCGAGACACAGGAGGAAAUCUUCAUCAGCAGAAAGAUGAAAAGAGAGGACUUUGACCUGGCCUUCAUCAUCUGUCUGUGUAUGCUGACCAUUGUUCUCUUCCUGCUCUAUGGAGUCCUCAGGAAUCGUCCUGGGUACAUCUUGCCUUUCUUCUGUCUGCAAGUGUUUGACUUCUGUCUGAGCUGUCUGACAGUGGUAGGGUACCUCAGUUACUCCCCCAACAUCAAAAUCUGGCUCAGGACACAGGGACUGUCCUGCGUACCCGGUCUGAAGCACCUGAUGGACAUGGACUCCCAGUGGCUGAUGCUCCUCUGUCUUCUGGCCUUUGUCCUCUUCCUCUCAAUGAAGGCUUACCUGAUUGGAAUGGUGUGGAGCUGUUACAACUACUUGAAAUCCAGAAACAUCAGCUGUAACCAGAUCAGAGAGUACUCGGUGGACCCAGACUCAAAGAUUCUGCUGCCCCCAAAGUAUGAAGAGGCCAUGAGAAGCGGGGAGGGUCUGCCCCCACCCUACACAGCUUAAAGUGUGCGAUCCUUGUAAGAAUAGGUCACUAAUGGAGACGUCAAGACAAUAAGUACAAUGUCGUUCUUCUGUUUACAGACUUUUCCUUCCUUAUUGAUAUGUCACGUCUAAUAACAACAUUGCAUAAUGUAUAAAUAUAGUAACAUUUAUGAUGGGACAGAAAUGAUAAUUUAUUAUUAAUUUUUAUUAUGAUGUAAAAUAAACAUUGUGCACUUUUGUAAGAACUGGGAUAUAAUUUAGUGAAAGUUUUAAAGGAGAAGAAUUUUAACUGUUUACCAAUUUUGGUAUUUUAAUUUAAUGUCAGACCCAAGCUUUGAUAUGAUGUACAUAUAUGUAGAUUUAUCUUUUUAGCUGUCUUGUUACAAGCGUUUAGUUGAUGUUGCCCACUUGUACAAUUUUAUCAUGAGUAUCUCAAAAAAUCUGUUGGACCCAAUGCUUAGUAGUAAUAUGUUGGCCUUACUAGAUUUAAAUGAUAUUUAUGUAUGACUUGGACAAUAUCAACUGAAGUUUUGUGUUUUAUGUAUUUCAUCAUAUCAUCAUUAUAAGUUAACAGGAUUUUAUAGUAGAGGUGAUAGUGUAAUGGUUUACUGGUUCUCUGCUCCCCAUAGACAGAGAACCUGUUAUUGUAUACAUCUGAGGCCUGUGUAACAGAACAAGUGCUCAUGAACAUUUCUAUUGGAGGUACAUGUAUAAGGAAUUUUGGCGAGUGCUCGCGAAAGUUCUCUCUGUUGAACAGGCCUCAGGUCUUAAUGAAUAAUACAUCAAAGUCUGAAGAUCAGAUUCAUAUGGGAACUGUAAAAUGAGCAGUCACUAUUGAUAUCUGCAUAAAACAGGUGUAUGUUCUAAUUGUAAAAUGUUGUCGAGUCUCCAAAGAGACUAUAGGACUGUGUACAGUGGAGCCUCAUUUAUCUGGAUGCUGUGGUUCCUAGUUAAUUUGUCUGGGUAUGUGAAACGUCUGGAUACCUGAAUUAAAAAAUUCUGUGCUGAUGAAAUAUCGUACGGAUACUGAAGCCUCUGGAUAUCUGAAGGUCCACUGUAUUCAUGUUUUAAUCAUGUGCAGUCAUCCUGUAAUUGUAAUUCACGUGUGGAAUUUUAUGUUAUUUGUCUCCAAUGAAUUUUAUCAACUUCAUUAAAUUAUUCAUUGAAAGCAAGUAAGAAUGCCCUAGGCUGUUAAGAUUACUCAUGUAGGGAAUCCAGGUCAAAGUUCAUAUUAAUAAUCAAAAUAUCUUGGAUAUCUUUUCAAUUAACAACAAAAGAUAGACAUGAAGUCACAUGUUCCUUAUUCAGAAAGUAAAAUUGUUCAGUUUUGGGAUACAUAUCUUCUAAAAUGAUGUUUUAAGAUCUUUUUGGGAUCCUGACACAGAUGUACUAUAAACAUGGUCAUAUUUACAAAUGGGAAAAUGGAAGAUAUUCUUAUUUUUCAAACAAUCAGAGGCAAAACUUAGAUAGUUAAUUAGAAUUGAAUUCUAAUGAAGACAUUAGCUAUGAUUAGGACAAUGAUGAGGACAAUAGCUAAUUGUAAAAUUCUUUGAUAUUUUCAAAUUGUCAGUUACCAUGUUUACAGAGAUCAAUUUUAUGUGAUAUGAGGAUGGUGCUUUUGGGUAAGCUUGUUGAUGGGUUUUAAUCAUUCAUGUGUAAGGCUUUUUCCUUUCAAUAAAAUUCAUCCAAAAAUCCA